CUCCUCGGUUUGGCGCUGUGGAAAGCAGCUCUCUUGACAUCGUGAGCUUUCCUGAAUAAAGAAGCAACACUGAUCACAAUGAAGGUGCUCUGUUGCUGCCCUUUGCUGCUGCUCAUCCUUAUUCCCAAAGCCUGUGAAGGAGGCAACAUCUUGGUUGUUCCAUCUGAAGGAAGCCACUGGAUAAACAUGGACGUUCUACUGAAGGCUUUGCACUCCAAAGGACAUAAUAUCACUCUUCUGCGUUCCAGCAAAAGCUGGUACAUACCUGUAAAAGGUGAUUCGUCUUAUAACAUCAUCACAGUUCCAGUGGAGAGCACUUUGGAUCAGAAGUUCAUCACAACGCUUGUAGCAAAGGGCAUAGAAUUUCAGCGAGGGUCUCUCCCUUUAACAAGUUUUCUCUACAUGAGUGUAGGGAUGUUUGGCACAAUUGCUGAGGUUCACAAAGCUGUAUGUGAUUUUGUAACAGCAAUACUAGAUGACAGCGAGCUGAUGAGAAAAUUGAAUGACAGCAAGUUUGACCUGUUACUUGCUGACCCCUGCUGGGGUGUUGGAGUGAUUUUGGCCAAAUAUUUAAACCUUCCUUUGGUUUAUAAUGUUCGCUGGGUAUUGUCUACAGAGGCUCACUUUUCCAUAGCCCCAUCACCCACAUCUUAUAUUCCUGUUACUGGAACUGGCAAUACAGACAAGAUGACCUUUUUUCAGAGAGUGAAGAACAUGGUUUUACAUGUAAUAACCCAAAUACAAAACGACCUCGUAGUUAGACUAGUAUACCAGAAAAUAACUGACAAAUAUCUUGGGUCUGAUCAGGACUUUAAUGAGUUAAUGAUCGAUGCAGACAUUUGGCUGAUGAGAGUGGACUUUGUGUUUGAUUACCCGCGCCCUACAAUGCCUAAUGCUGUUUACAUGGGAGGGUUCCAGUGCAAACCUGCUAAACCUCUGCCUCAGCACUUGGAGGACUUUGUGCAGAGUUCUGGAGAGCACGGCUUCAUCCUCAUGUCUCUGGGGACAUUUGUGACUGAACUUCCUGCUGACCUGGCAAAUGAGAUCGCUGCAGCUUUUGCUAAGUUGCCCCAGAAAGUCAUCUGGAAAUAUAAAGGUGAUAGACCAGCCACUCUGGGUAACAACACUUUACUGGUGGACUGGAUGCCACAGAAUGACCUUUUAGGGCAUCCUAAAAUAAAACUCUUUGUGGCACAUGGAGGAACAAAUGGAGUCCAAGAAGCCUUGUAUCAUGGAGUUCCAGUUGUGGGUAUACCCUUUUUUUUUGACCAGUAUGACAACCUGCUUCGUCUGAAAGACAGAGGAGGAGCUAAGAUACUUACAUUAACUACAGUGGACAAAGACAACAACUUCCUGAAGGCCAUACAAGAAGUUGUGAAUGAGCCCUCCUACAGGAAGAACAUGCAGAGGCUUUCAAAGCUGCACAGAGACAAGCCAAUAACACCACUGGAUAACGCCCUCUUCUGGAUAGAGUUUGUCAUGAGACACAAAGGAGCAGCUCACCUGAAAGCAACAUCCUACAGAAUGCCCUGGUAUUCCUACUACUCUGUAGAUGUGGUUUUGUUCCUGGCUGCAGCUGUGCUGCUGGUGCUUUUAACCAUUUACUUCUGUAUUAAAUGUUUAUACACUGCAGUGUGCAAAUAUAAAGUGAAACGUGAAUAAUGAGGAAUGGUAGAUUUUUUUUAAAGCAGCAUUUUGACAACAAAAUCGUUUUACUGUAUGCAAUUUACAUUUUUUAAUUACAACAUUUUAUGUUCUUAAGAUAGUUCAGUAAUUUUAAUUGAUUCUGUAAUGCUGAUGAUAAACAGCACAACAAAUAAAACACUUGAAAUGACUAAAUUGAUCACAAGGUUUUUAAAAAAUUAUUCUUUUUUUUCUCACUCAGCUGCAUUACCUGUUACGGAGGUUGACUUACGGAAUCAAAUCCGUAACGGAGCUCACUUCUAUGUGCUUUUUAUUGAUUAAUUAUAAUCUUGUUAAUUUUUGUUAUAGUGAAUUUACUUUAAUAAUUUCAUGCCAGACAAAUUUGAGUAAUGAUCCUAUUUGAAUUACCGAAAGAGUUCUAUUCAAUUUGUAAAUGCUGUUAGUUAAGUUGAUUAUUAAUGUCAAAAAAUAGCAGGGUGGUGUUAACAUCCUGUAUUACACAGAAGCUGUGUCCCACUUAACCCUUUAUAGGGUAAGAGAGUUUCCUGGUAAUUUCCACACACUUUAUGAUGACCAUCCCAGGCUUCAGUGAGGUUAAAAAGAAUGUGGCCAUGAAGAACUGGCCUAAUGUUGUUUAAAGUUAUA